GUCAUGGCGGCACCAGUGUUGGAAGGGUCCGUCAGAACUUUCACUCCAAAACGCGUCUCCAAGAACCUAUUAGACUCCCCGUAUCAGCGCACAUGGCCAACUCUCGAGAAGGGCGUCACUCCAGAAAUUCUCAGCAAACUGAAAAGUGACCUGGGUGCCGUCAGCACUUAUCUCAGAAAGGAGACCUCGAAGGGAAAACGGAAACGGGCAAAGACUGCAGAGGAUGCUGGGAAGCUUGCACGCAGUGUGGAGGAACAAGAGCUGGCAAGACAGUUGAAGUCCCAGCUGGUUUUGGGCAUCAAUGAGGUGACCAAGGCCCUGGAGAAGGACCGGUUACGACUGGUCCUGGUGUGUCGAUCUGUGAAGCCAGCCCUGAUGACACAGCACCUGUUCCUGCUGAGUGCUGUCCGCUGCGUCCCUGCACUGUGCCUGUCUGGACUGAGCGAAACAGUGGCUCCCAUUCUCAACUUCAGAACCGUUGCUGCUAUGGGCUUCAAGAAAACAUCAACAGAAGAUAACAAAACUUUCGAUCCCCUGGUUGAGUUUGUGACGGCACGGACACCACCCAUCAAAAUCUCCUGGCUGAAUGUACCAGGAGGAGCAGGCAAAGAAGAGGAGGAAACAGGAAGUUCUGAUGAAGAAGACACAGAUGAAAAGGAUGGUUGUAGUAGUGUUAAAACUCAGAAGUCUGUUCCCAAGGAUGCUUCAAAAAGUGAGAUGAGUGAAGAUUUCAUUUCUUUGAUAUCAGAGGAAAACCAGGAGGUUCAACGAGAAACGGGAGGUCCAGAGAAGACAUCUGAGAAGAAAUCAAAAAGGAAAAAGAAAAGAAAGAGGGAAAUCGUCUUGGCUGAAGAGGAAGAAGAAGGAGAGGAGGGUGGCUUCCAGGCUCUGUGUGUGAAGAGGACUCAGUCUAUGCAAGAAAAGGAGUCCAACAAGAGAAAAAUGGUCUUCAAAAAGAAAAAGAAGACUGUGAUGACUGGUUUGACAGGAACGUCAAAGUAGUCCUGUCUCCAUAGGUAACCCAUAUGUAAGAUAAAUGUGAAGUCAAGGCUUGAAGUACCACCUGCAUAUGCAGGUUAGUGCAGGUAAAGUUGGGGCUGUGCAGGUAUUUCUACCUGCACCUAACCUACACCAGUCCAUGCACUGGGUUAAUACAAGUAGGUGUACAUUGAUUUUUAUUUGCUGCAUUCACUGUUAUCUCCUACGAAGUAUAAAAGAAACAGCAGUUUUUAGUAUGAUCCAUACUUUCUAAA